AUGAAGUUAGUACAUGCCGAUUGUACAUUUCAAGUCGACGCGGAUCCAUCCUUUCCACAAUCUACCAGUCCCGAGCCUGGGCAAGAGCCGCCUGAACGGAGCGCAUUAGGCGAUGAAAGAUCUACUGCCGAAGACCACUUAGCGAAGGCGCCCGUCGACAGGUGGCUCGCCCUCGGCAAGGUCCAGAACAAUGAUGAACAUGCGGUCGCUUCAUAUCUAGGACGGUGGGCAGCAGCCAAUUCACAGCAGGAUAAUAUUUUCGUCCCAACCGCACAGCCUUCGUCUCUCCCUCUGUCCUUUUCGAGCUCGUCGAAUUCACCUUGGUUCGAAUCAGACGGAGAAGCAUCCUUUGUUGCCGGUGACAAUUAUGUUGUUUUGGCGACUUCUAUGCAUUCACCCACCUCGGCAGCACAGCUAGCUGUGCUCGCUGCACUUCUUGUUGCCCUUUAUCUUGAACGGACGGAUGCGCCUAGAGAUGGUGCCGAACAGUCGUCCCAGACAAGCUCUACCCCGAGCAUGUCUAGUCAAUCGAAUGGAACCGCACUUUUUUCCACCACGUCCACAUCAAGUCAGAACGCUCAGCGGAAGAGACUGUAUCCGGAUGAGGAAGGAGAAGGGUCGAGACGCAGCAAAGUUCCCAGGGCGCGCGGUGGAUCGCCGACCUGUACCGACACGAAGCUCCUGGCUUGCCCAUACUCGAAAUUUGACCUUUCUCGAUAUUCUGAACGCAAUGCGCUUGAACAGAAUUAUCGAGGAUGUUCAAGUUGUUUUUUGAGAGACAUUGCUCGCCUGAAGCAGCAUUUGUAUCGUGUACAUCGUCAGCCCGAACACCACUGCCCCACCUGCUUCGCAGUCUUUGAUUCAAAAGAGGUCUUGGAUGCCCACAUUGUGGAGAGAUCUUGUCAACCACGGAUCUCGCCCUUCAAAGAAAAGAUGACUCAAGAUCAACUGACAGCAAUUAAAAGGCGUGAAAUGGGUCGGAAUCGCUCGGACGCGUGGUUCGGCAUAUAUAAAGUCCUGUUCCCGAACUCGCCAUUGCCCCUGGAUCCGUACGUUGACAGCACGCAUGCGGACACAGUGCAAGACUUCAUCGCCUUCUUUGAGCGCGAAGGGCGAGAAGUUCUAGCGUCAGAGAUCAACCAAAGGAUGUUCGGCGUUGUGACCACCACGCCUUGGGAGCAAGAGUUCGUCGAGAGGGUACUCGCGGAGUCGAUAAACGUGCUGCUUCAGCGGCUCGACUCGCGGUUCAGACAUCCCCUUUCGUCCGACUCUUCACUCCCGUUCAAUUCGAACCCUGACAUCAAUCCCAACAACCCUCUCGCUUGA